GUCUUUAGUACUCACUGGGUCGCUGGUUCUUCUCCGGUUUUGUCUGUUAUCCGUAUCACAAACACCUCGGGGCACAUCUCGUCGAAUUGCUAGACCACUUCGUCUUCUAUGACGUUAUUACACAUCCUGAGUUAUGCUGGCGGAGCCGCAGCUUUCGUAUUUGUUACCCUGUCUCUAGCAAGCGGUCUUCUUUGGAUUUCGGAGUUGAUUGAAGAGCACUCACGAUCAUCAAAAGCAGUAGGCCAGCGGUGCAUAUAUGCCAUCAUACUACUCCACGUACUACUGUACUUCUACGACGCCCUUCCUCUCAAGCACAUCCUCUUCUCAAUAUUCUGCCACGUCGUCUACCUCCAGAACUUCACGUCUAGUUGGCCAUUCAUUUCGCUCUCAUCUGCAAGUUUCAUCGGUUCCUGUGUACUGGUAGUGCUCGACCACUUCAUGUGGUUCUUCUACUUCGCACGGAUAACCCAGGAGGCGCGUCAUAGAGCACACCGUUCCUACCGAGGGCCAGCUAUGGCACAUCCGGUGCCCAAUUUUGGCGAGAUUGCGACGUUCUUCGGAAUAUGCGUCUGGCUUGCUCCACUCUUCCUCUUCCUCAGUUUGAGCGCAAACGACAACGCGCUGCCCUUGAAUGCUACCGGACCUGGCGCGGUACCGCUCUCGCCAACAUCUGCUGCACGGCCCGCCCUAGGAAGAACUCGCACCUCUCUCUUCAAGGCACUCUACGACGCUCUCCCCAUCGACUCACUCCCGCGCCUCCGCCGCGCCCGCCGCCACGACACCUCAGAGGGCAUUAUUGCUCCACGUUCACCGCGCACUGCGCCUCCCUCUCCUGGCCUUGGUCCAGUUCCUGCGAUGAACGGUCUUCCCUCGCCCAUGCUCUCUCCCCGCCGAGUGUCCAGUGACGGCUACAGACCCGCCUCGCCAUCACAAUACGCGUAUGGCGACUCCGCCGAUCCCGCUAAUUUCUCCCUCAGCACCCCACCGCGGAGAUCUGUCGGCGAAGAGCCCCCGAGGGCCAUGCAUGGGGCAGGGGCACGGCGGUUGGAGAUGAGGCGGGUUGCGAGCGCGCAAAGUAGCAGGGAAACACGACGGGAUCUCUAG